UAUGCUCUGAUAUGCAAGGGUUCUGAGAAUGGUGACACUGUUAACUAUGCAACUGUGGUCAGGGAAGUGAAAGCAUAUUUGAAGAAAGGUGUUGCAGCGAAGGAAUUGCAGUCACAUAUUGUUGCAUUUCCUGUAUCUGCUCAGGAGAAGAUGAAUGCACUUGUUGAAGGAUUAUUUGAUGGCGUCCAAAAAGCGUUUGGAAAAGAAGCUACCAAGAGGAAGAAUCACCUUGCUGGUGCAGUAGCUGGAGAUGACGAGGGAUCACAGCUGUUAUUGCUCAAUGCUGCUGAGGAGUUCUGUUACAAGAAAGGUAGCAAUGAGUUGAAUGAGGUUGCACUUAUUCUGAAAGCCCUCUAUGAUGUUGAUUUGGUGGAGGAAGAGCAUGUCGUGCAUUGGUAUUCAAAGGGACUGAAGGGUGAUAAGAAGGACUCUCAGAUAUGGAAGAAUGCUCAACCAUUCAUUGAUUGGAUUCGGAAUGCUGAAUCAGAAUUGGAGGAAGAAUGAGAAAAGUUUGUUCUCAGUUAUUGAAUGGAAUUGCCUCAGUUAUUGAAUUAGUGGAACCGCAUAUUCAAGGGUUUAAUGUGGAUUUCAGUGCUUCUUUUAAGGAUUUUCGUUUGUUGAAUUGGUUUCUCUCUUAGAGAUGAAUCAGAAUCAGAAUGCUGUCCAUCCAGGAGGGUUAAACUAGUUAGCUAUAUGUUAUAGAACUCUGGUUUUGGUCGUUUCUGCUUCUCCUGUAUAAUACUUAAGUGGUUCUUGAUGUUUUAAAUGGCUUGUACUUGCUUCUUAAGCAAAACCAUGAGAUAUAAAUGUAACACUGAUGUUAGUUUUGCAGUUUA